AUAAUUACGCUACAUAUUCGUACCUAUGCAUAUGCCGUUCGAAACAAUGUGUGACUAAAAGGAUAUGAAACCAAUACUACUCACUUUAAAUUCAUGCAUUUGCUUUUCUUGCCAACGCCUUGCAACCGAUUCCCCAGCUUUCUAGUGUUGAACAUGCUGUAUAUUUUCAUAUACCAAAACGUUCUACGACUCACCACGAAAGUGCUGCUCGGUAACGAGCGAGCGAUAGGCUCGCGGUUUUGUGCAAAAAAGUUUGUACGCAGCAAAGUCGUGCUAAUUUCGGUAAGUAGAUAACAAGUUGUGAAUCUAAUCUAGAGUCAGAGGUGAGGGUGAACUAACUGAAAAAGGUAUAAAACUGUCAUGCCGUACGGUAGAGGGUGUCAUUUUUAGUUUGCAAACGAAAUAUUCGUACAAGGCCACUCUGACGGCGUCGCAAAGGGUAUUAAUGGAAGCGUAAUACACGGUGGUCCCGAGACGUUUGCUCAUCAUGGAAACGGUAUUGGCUCUAGCGAUGCUGCUCCUUAUCGGAACAGCAAGUACCUUAAGUCAUUCGAAAACCGUCCCGCAUGGUAGGUUGUUUUGGGGGGGAAAGUCUUUGUAUUUUUGUCUCCUAUUUGUUUUUGGUUUUUGUUUUUACGGCAUAGAUUUCUGUUCGGAGUAUGAGGUACUACAUACUACACCACCUUGCUGUGAGGCAACCUGUGACUAUGACUGCUGUCGAGUUGUGUGUCCGAAGAUGCUCGUCUACGAACCUACCUGUGUGUGUCUGGAAGGAUACGUGAGACACAAUGGACAGUGCAUUCUCAAGUCUCAUUGUCCCGCUCUGCCUACAACACCACGACCACCCUGUGUAACGACUACUGUAGCACCGUGUGUGACUACUACUCCUCGUCCACCACCCUGUAGUACUACUACUCGCGCGCCGUGUCCGACUACUAAACCUCCCUGUCCUACUACUACUGCCAAACCUCCCUGCCCUACUAAUCCUCCAUGUACAACUCCUAAAUUGCCGUACAUAAUGACAACUCCCAAAAAAUACGGCUACACACCACCUGCCCCUCCCAAGUACUCACCGGUCACCUACGUUCCUCCUCCACCGUCACCUACCUAUCAAACAUUACCUCCGGCAUCGUAUAGAUCGUCUUCCCGAGGUACUCCCAUGGUGCCAUCGUAUCAAACGGUAUCCACAUAUCGACCAAAACCGUGCGUAACGACCAUGAAACCUCCCUGCACUACUACCCAACCACCAUGCACAACAAAACCUGUCUGCUAUACUACGCCUAAGCCAAGGACACCAUGUCCGACCGUUACCACACCAUGUCCUACUACCACAACUACACCCCGUCCAAAAUUGCCAGGUACUGUGAGAUUAAUUUCUGCCAAUGAAUCUACGAUUUACGAUAUUUCCAACACUUUCUUCUUGCAUACGAUCAUUACUCCACCACCCCAGAAGCGUGUGCGGCUUGCGAGGAGCUUGUCUUUGCGCCAACCUGCUGUGAACCAACGUGCGACUUUGACUGUUCGAAUACCGUCUGUCCACUGGUGCUAGUUGAACACCCGACGUGUGCAUGUCGUCAGGGGCUAGUGAGAUAUCAGGGACACUGCAUAGAACCUUCGGAUUGUCCAAAGAGUGCGUCCCGCUUUCGACUAUACGUCCCUGCGUCUGCACAGUGUCUCAAAUGUGGAAAGUGAGACAUAAAAAAAACAUUGUUGCGGUAGACAUUAGUGUAUUUUUCAGUGGUUGGGAAAUAGGGAAUAAUUAUAGAUCGCAAUAAAACCUGACUGACUUUAUUAAACAUUGUAGUUUGCUCUUAAUUGUGUAUAGGACAUUGCUAAUCCUUUGCAUAUAUAAAUA